CUUUUGAACUCUGGUUUCCUUUCUGCUUACCUACCUACCUAGGCAAGGCUUCACAUCACGGUCCAAGCAGCAAACACCCUAAACUCACCUUUGUACUCUGGCUAUAGUCGACCCUACAGAAGCUCUUGUCCCAACCCCCAAAGUACUUGGCCAAAUGCUCGACACCCCUCUGUCCCAGAAUCAUACACACAGCACAGUGUAGGUUGUUGCUGACAUCCGAAGCGGACAGGGCUGGCGGUUUGCCAGCAAGGGCACCUUGCCAACCUAUCGUUCUAGCUUGCACCACCUUACCUCAACCAUCUCGUCUUCCACUACUUCAACUACCAUCCUCGUACUGGCAACGGAACCCCCCCUCGCAUAUUUUUCCCUCGCUCUCACGACUUCCCCCGCAGACACCAGAGCGAACCCAAAGGGCUUCGGUCAUCCAACGAGAUUCCCCAUCUACUCUCCUCGACGUUUCUCUAGGUCGAGUUCCGCGAUAGACGCCGAGUCCCACGAGCGAUACGAACAAGCAAGCUACCUAUCUGCUGCCGCUCCGAACCCCAGCUAGUCUCGACAAAGGCCAUAAUCCGAACCACCGACCCUCUCUGAUCGUCCUCCAGAACCAUCGUCCUAUCCCACUGCCAUCUCUCUGCCUCCUUAAGGGGGAGGCCUCCACAUCAUGGGCUUGGCAUACAAUACAUACCUCAAUAGCAGCAAGGUCUACGGUUGCAAGACUUGCAAGGCGCAUUUGGCAAACCAUGAGGAUAUCAUCAGCCGGAACUUCCGAGGACAGCACGGUAAAGCAUAUCUAUUCAACAGUGUUGUGAAUAUUGAGACAGGCGAGCCUAGCGAGCGCAAUAUGACGACAGGACGCCACAUUGUCCGGGACAUCACUUGCAAGCAGUGCAAGGAGACGGUUGGCUGGAAAUACGACAAGGCAUACGAAGCCACGGAGAAGUAUAAAGAGGGCAAGUUUAUCCUCGAGGCUGAACUGCUCUGCAAUGUCACCUAAGAGUCAACGGCUCUGGUCUGAGAGGAGGUAGAGGAGGAGAAGGCGACAGUCUGUAGAUGCUUCUCUUCUUGGGAUUGGGGCUGUUUUAUUUUGUUGUUUCAUGACCUCCAUGUUACUGUUCCUUUUGUUUCCCAUUCCUUCAUUCUCUCACUCUUCGCUCACUCGGAAGAGUAUGCAACGCCCUGCAUACAAGCCGGCGCCUGACGGUGUUUGGAUGGAAUGGUUUUUUUGUUGAAUUUCCCCGGCUCUAACUCUCAGCCGAUGUGCCUUGCCAUCCGCCAGCAUGAGCUGGGGCGACCCUAUUUCAUCAGCUCGCUAUGCGCC